GAUCUCACAGUUCUUCGUUCGAUUUUUGAAAAGCGAGAAGCACGGCACGGCCAUAUUGAUUAGUGUGUUGAGGCGGUGUUCUACCCGUAGGUGUUUCGUACAUUCUCUUUGUGGUCGGAGUUUGUGUGCUGGUCUAAUUUAUAAGUAAAAGUCUUGAAAUCUCGGGAGUGAAAUCGCGAAACAUCAGAAAUGUCCGAACGCGAAAAUAACGUAUAUAAAGCGAAAUUAGCUGAACAAGCUGAGCGCUACGAUGAAAUGGUCGAGGCUAUGAAAAAGGUCGCGUCGAUGGACGUUGAACUCACAGUGGAGGAGAGGAAUCUUCUUUCUGUUGCCUACAAAAAUGUGAUUGGUGCUCGACGAGCAUCCUGGAGGAUAAUCACUUCCAUCGAACAAAAGGAGGAAAAUAAAGGAGCAGAAGAGAAGUUAGAAAUGAUCAAGAACUAUCGAGGACUUGUAGAAAAAGAACUUCGCGAUAUUUGCUCUGAUAUUUUAAAUGUAUUGGAAAAACAUCUCAUUCCUUGCGCCACGACCGGCGAAAGCAAAGUAUUCUACUAUAAGAUGAAGGGUGACUACCAUCGUUACUUGGCCGAAUUCGCAAUGGGAGCGGAUCGUAAGGACGCUGCCGAAAAUUCUUUAGUUGCUUACAAGGCUGCUAGCGAUAUAGCUAUGACUGAUCUUCCGCCAACACAUCCAAUUCGGUUGGGUCUAGCACUGAACUUCUCUGUAUUCUAUUAUGAAAUUUUGAACUCUCCUGAUCGUGCCUGUCGAUUAGCGAAAGCUGCAUUUGAUGACGCAAUUGCUGAGCUUGAUACACUUAGCGAAGAAAGUUAUAAAGAUUCUACACUGAUUAUGCAACUUUUGAGGGACAAUCUGACACUAUGGACGUCUGACAUGCAAGCUGAUGGCGAAGGAGAACAGAAAGAACAAGUUCAGGAUGUUGAAGAUCAGGAUGUAUCGUAAUUUAAGCAAAGCGUGUAUGUGUGAAAUGAAAACAAACGUUAUUAUUAAGGAAAUAAAAAGAAGAAAAAAACAUACAUAUAAGAUAAUAUAAAUUAUAAGUGUAUUGUUUCGUCUUUACAUUAUAAAACAGCAUAAAACCUAGAAAAAUAAACUUUUCAAAAGAGAAAUGAAAAAUAAAAGUUAAGAAGGAAUAAACACAAGUUACACAUAGUAUCAACGACUACACAAGACAUGAAUUUUUAUACUUAUUUAAAAGUUGUUCCGCUGGCAGCGGAAUAGUGAUUUUAUUACUUUCUUCUCAUUUCUUACAUUUUUUCGUCUAAUUGAAUAUCACAAAUUUGCAAAUCAAGUAGAUUCUGAGCAGUAACAUUUCGUCAAAAACAAAAUUCAUAAGAUUAAAUGAAGUUUCUGGUCAUUGAGUAUUGGGCACGCGCGUCCAUUUUAGAAUUAUUUUACAGCAGGAGUAGAUUUGCUUUUAAGUAAACCGAAAGUACGAGAUAAGUUGGCAUUUCGUGUUAAUUUUCCAAUUUCACUUAUUUAUUUUUUUUUUUUUUGAGAUUCCAUGUAUUGUUGUUUUUGGACCAAUAAUAAACACUGGAUUUCCAUCACUUUUAUUUCAAUCAAUAGAACGUUUGGUUUUCUCGUUUAGAGCAAUUUUUUAUGCGAAGAGAAAACUAGUAUAUAUAGAAGUUGUCGGUAAAUAAAGAUACUUAGAGAAUGCUAUAUAGCUGCAGCUGUAUAGAAGGAAAAUCAACAUGUAUGGGGAGAUGGCAGAAGGAACAGCAAGAAUUUCGUAUUUGUUCGCAAUAAUAAGGUACAAUGAUUAUAUAUUUGAAGAAAAGCUGAUUAAAUAACAAAAAAAGUGAGUUGAAUGUCACAGUAGUACUUUUGCCGUCGCGAUGCAUUUAUAUACAUAGUAAAAGAAUAGAGGAGUAAAAUAAAGAUUUUUCUCAUUUACUUUUCAA